AUGGCUGAGCUACUCCGCAACAAGCCAGUGAUGCAAAAGCUACAACAAGAAAUCAGGCGCCACUAUACCAAGACUAGCCACUUAUUAAUGAUUAUUGAGCAGGACCUUCCGGUGAUGAAGUACCUUAGGGCCGUUAUCAAGGAGACGAUGCGGUUACACCCGCCUGGGCCUCUUCUUGUUCCCCGUGAGUCUAUGCAACAUGCAAGGGUCCAAGACUACCACGUCCCUAGUGGGACUCGGGUCAUUGUGAAUGCAUGGGCCGUCGAGAGAGACCCCGCGGCAUGGGAACAUGCCAGAGAAUUCUGGCCGGAGCGGUUUAUCAAUAGCAAGGUGGACUUUCGCGGGCAACAUUCCCAACUCAUACUUUUCGGUGCAGGUAGGAGGAUGUGCCCCGGGAUAGGGUUCACAACCACUAUCGUGGAGCUCACGCUUGCUAACCUUGUGGGGCACUUCGACUGGGCGGUUCCACCGUCGGUGGUGGUGGAUAUGGAAGAGGCGCCAGGAAUCACGUCACGAAAGAGGGUGCCAAUUUACACCGUGGCGACAGUGGCACUUCAUGAGUAA